AUAUAACUUUAAAGCGCUCGGACUUUUAUUGGCGCUACUGGCAGAGUAUUUCAGAGCAGAAGUGUUGAUUCUGUGUAGAUUUACUGUGAGAUCGCGACCUCCUGGCGGUCGGAUCACUUUGCGCCUGCUUGCCCGCCGCCGCGCGUUAAAAGUUCUCGGCAGCCCGGAGAACGGCGGCGCACACGGAGGAUCCGGACACGGGGGGAGAUGGACGUUGACUUACGUCAUUAAAAAAAUUCUUCUGAGGAUGAUUUCCUGCCAUGCGGGGAGAGAAGAAGCAACAAAUCCACAAGACAUUUCCUCAAGGCUUUGAGCGCAGGAGCUGCCGUGCGUCAUUCGUAUUUUUUUUUUCCCUCCGUUCUUCAUCCAGUUUGGAGAUGACCUAAACCAGAGGAGCGCAUCGGAGCUGUUUUUAAUCACAGCAGGAUUGAGAAAUGGAUCAGGGCGACCUCAAGCGCAGUGGUAACAGAGACGACAGCCUUAUCUUGUUCAAGAUGGGCGACAGAGCGGGAAGCGAUACGGUGGGGUACAGCCCUAUGACUGUACCCCAGCCUACCACGGCCCCAAAUGGACAGGGUGGGACCAAAGAUCACGGGGAGCUCGGAGGUCUCUUUGAGUCCUCUUUCCAACAUGUUCAGUCUGAGGACUCAGAUGCUAAGGACAGUAAAUUCUUCAAAAUCCAGAAAGAACUGCAACAGCAGGAUAUUGGUGUGUUUGACAUAGAGGACAACUUGUCAUUGUUGAAUGAAAGCAUUGCAGAGAUAAACGCACCAUCCACUUCUGUCAUCAGCAGCUCUGACACCUCUGUCCUGGGUAACCUCCCUCUGCCUGACCUUUUUCCUCAGUAUGUCAAGCAGGAAGGGGGUUUUUCUGUGGAUAAGGACUUGGGGGCAUACAGUGGGCCAACAGGCUCCAGUCUGAGGGGGUUGUCAGCCAGUGACAAUCGCCUAAGUGAUGAUGCCGACAUUUGGAAAGACCUGGAUCUUCCUGGUUCAAAGCCAGAAAUCAGUGAGUUUGAUUGGCGUAAUGAGAUGGCACACUUGAAUAACAUCCUGCACGAGAGCGGGGCUGGCGCAGGUGGUCCUGUCAGCAGUUUGCUCAAAGGUAAUGGAGGAAACUGUACCAGUGUGAAUGGCACGGGCCAGCAGCAACCUGUUAUAAAUCAGCAGCAGCAGCUUCUUCAGGAGACGCAACCUCAAGAUCAGCAGCCACUGUCACUGUCCAGCAUUAUAAUCAAGGUAGAGGACCCUGAGGACAUCUGCAGCCAUGCUUGUUCCAAUAUGGUUAAAAAGGAAAAGGAGGACAGCUCUGGUUUCUGCCAGUCACCCUGUCUCCAGAGUAGCCCGAGCAUCCUCCAUGGAGGAGGACUCACACCUUUUGCUACAGGCGCCGGCACGUCCAUCAGUUACCCCUACAGAGCCAACAUAUCUUCCACAGUGGACCUACAAGACCAGAAGCCUUUUAGCAUGUACUCAAAUCUACUUCCUGUGGGGGACAAGUGGGUCAAGGGAAACAGGUAUGCAGACGCAUCCGGGACACAGAGGAGGGAAGACGGACUCCCAGGCGCUGUCUCCUUGGCUACUUUUCCUGUUGCCUUCCCCAGCAUGUCACCCAGACCUGGAGAGACGAGCAGCUCCGUUGGGCCGGUCCAAACCAAGUCCAGUGGGCAGACACAUAAGAUCUGUUUAGUGUGCUCAGAUGAGGCCUCAGGAUGCCACUAUGGGGUUGUGACCUGCGGCAGCUGUAAGGUGUUUUUCAAAAGGGCUGUUGAAGGAUGGAGAGCACGGCAAAACUCAGAUGGCCAGCACAACUACCUGUGUGCUGGAAGGAAUGACUGCAUCAUUGACAAGAUCCGUAGGAAGAACUGUCCAGCCUGUCGCUUCAGGAAAUGUCUGCAAGCUGGAAUGAACUUGGAAGCAAGGAAACACAAGAAGCUGAUUAAGAUAAAAGCUCAGCGGUCUUCUGGAACAUCAGAACCCAGUAUCAGCCUGCCUCUGCCAUUUAUCCCUAGAGCCAUGCCACAAAUCAUGCCCACUAUGCUGUCCUUGCUGAAGGCCAUUGAGCCAGAGAUCAUCUACUCAGGCUAUGACGGCACGCUGCCUGACACGUCAUCCCGUCUGAUGACCACUCUAAACAGGCUGGGGGGCCAGCAGGUCAUUUCUGCAGUGAAGUGGGCCAAGUCUCUACCAGGCUUCCGUAAUCUGCACCUAGAUGACCAGAUGACGCUGUUGCAGUGCUCGUGGCUUUUUCUCAUGUCCUUCAGUCUGGGCUGGCGGUCAUACGAGCAUUGUAACGGCAGCAUGCUCUGCUUCGCCCCUGACCUCGUCAUCAACGAGGAGCGUAUGAAGCUGCCCUUCAUGAAUGACCAGUGUGAGCAGAUGCUGAAGAUCUGUCAUGAGUUCGUCAGACUACAGGUGUCCUACGAGGAGUAUCUGUGCAUGAAGGUUCUCUUACUGCUCAGUACAGUGCCAAAAGAUGGCUUGAAGAGCCAAGCAGUGUUUGAUGAGAUCAGGAUGACGUACAUCAAGGAGCUGGGGAAGGCCAUCGUGAAGCGAGAGGAGAGCUCCAGUCAGAACUGGCAACGCUUCUACCAGCUCACUAAGCUACUGGACUCCAUGCAGGAGAUGGUCGAAGGUCUCCUCCAGAUCUGCUUCUACACCUUUGUGAAUAAAACGCUCAGUGUGGAAUUCCCAGACAUGCUGGCGGAGAUCAUCACCAGCCAGAUACCAAAAUUCAAAGAUGGGAGCGUCAAGCCUCUGCUGUUUCAUCAGAAAUGACUGCCUUAAGCUGUGAAGCAUUGCCUUAAAUCCUGCCCGUUCCUUAGACCUCCCUGGGACCCCAAGCUUUCACACUGAAUCCCAGACCGUUUCAGGCUCUACUCUGCCCCUCAGCAUUCUAUUUACUGCUCCCAGGAAUCCUCCCUUUCAAGCCCCAAGGUUUCCGCCACAAUAUGAGCACAAUACUGGUGGCUCCCGGCCCUUACCUGAUUCUCACCUGUAGCUCUCCAGCUUGUUGAACCAAGAAGGAUUUGGCCUCCAGGGACACAUGUUGACUCUGAAUGUCUCAGUCCAGACUUUAAUUUUCCUUCCUGGCCACAGCAAACUCACGCCCUCCUCCGUCCACCCCCCCACAAGUCUACAGAUACAGUACUCCUCUGGGUGCUCAUCUGCGUUCACUGUUUUACUCCUGUUUUCGCUGGCACGCCACCACCGAACAGUGGGGCAAAAAAGUAUUUAGU